GCAUGGUGUGAGGCUUUUGCAGUUCAAUCUCAGCUUCUCAGGAUCAUUAUAUAACAUGGCCUAGCGGAGCUCGUUCUGUCAUCCAUAACUAGAAUUUUAUCCGCUGCUUCUUUGUCAAGUCCCUAUGAGGAUUGUUCCGGCGCUUCUGUGCUGCUUGGUGCCCUUGCUGUUUGCCGCGAGGAUCUGCCUGGGAGAUGAGGACAAGGUCGAGGUUGUUGGCAUAGGAGAAUGUGCAGAUUGCAAACGGAAUAACAUCAAUGCCAAGCAAGCCUUUUCAGGGAUUCGCGUGUCGAUCAAUUGCCUCACGCCCAAAGGAGAAUACAAGAGAAGAGGAGUAGGAGAACUGAAUGAAGAAGGGAAGUUCAAGGUACUGCUUCCCCCUGAGAUCUUUGUCGAAGGGAAGUCGAAAGAAGAAUGCUAUGCACAGCUUCACAGUGCAGCGGCCACACCGUGUCCCUCUUAUGGCAGUCCCAAGUCCUCCAAGAUAGUUUUUAAGCCCGUUACUCAUACAAAACGUACUUAUGGGUUGGCCGACAAGCUAAAGUUCUCCCCAGCAACGUGCGCUUCUGCCUUCUUGUGGCCUAAGUUCAAACUACCGGGGAAGGGCUUCGGUCAUCCAUUAUUCCCUCCAAAGAAGCUUCCUCCUCUCCCGCCGAAGGUCUUCCCUCCUAUAUAUAAGAAGCCUCUCCCUCCCCUAGUACCGAUUUACCAGAAACCGCUACCACCUCCGAUACCGACAUACCCGUCGCCCCUUCUGCCACCAUUACCAGUGUACAAGAAGCCACUUCUUCCAUUUGCCCCUAAAUUCAAGAAACCGCUUCCUCCGAUACCUAUAUUCAAGAAGCCACUCCCGCCUCCCAUCCCUAUAUUGAAAAAGCCAUUCAAGAAACCGAUACCACAGCCAUUCCCUAUUUUCAAGAAGCCACUGCCACCGCCUUUCCCUUUCGUCAAGCCCCUUCCUCCGUUCUAUAAGAAGCCGUUCCCCGAGAUCCCUCCCGAGCAACCCAAAUUUAAAGAGUUGCCUCCCUUCGUACCACAUCUUUAAAGAGUGUUGAAACACGACUUCAGGGUACGAGGAGGAACUUCGUUUGAUCAAAUGAAGGCUGAUUUGAGAGUUUUUUGCUUCUGCAAUGAUGCCUUAAUAAUAGGAGCACUACUAGUUGUGUUAUUAGAGAAUCACGAGACGAGAGUAUGAGUGAAAAGCAAAGACCAGUGUACUGUUGUUACUUAUUUAUGCCAAUAAUGAGUUGUCUGUGUGUGUGUGACUUAUUGCAUUUGUAGUGCCUUAGAUUUUAAACCUUGUAUUGUGAAGCAAUCGUGUUUAUCUAAUGUGAACAAUUUUAAGAGUUUGAACAUA